CCUUGUACCGCUUUAUUUUGCCGUUAUACGCGUGGCUGCCCUCAGACUGUCGUAUUACCUAUGCACAGCUGCAAACUUGUACGGCUGUAACUGAGUGUAACAGCUAGGAACAGAGUCGUAUAACGAGAUAUCGUGUUUGUUUGAAUAAAGUUCACUUCAUACAUGGGUAUUACGUGGUUUAUCUAUCUAACGGUUCUUACUCUGGAUGUAAUUGUUUGGUGUUCUCCGGGUAAAAUCGAGAGGUCGUUCCUCGAUCGUCAUGAUCUAAAUGCAUCAAGCGAUUCAAAUUUGAAAAGAUGUCAAAACACCUACAAAAAUCUCACCCUAGAGCAGAAGGCCCGCUACAUUGACGCAAGUGGAAAACCCGGCAGUGGUAUUUAUGGUGGAAAUACUUUGUGGUAUGGCUCGUACAGUGAAUGCCAGAAAAUACCCAACUCGCGUUAUUGUUGGACGAGGUUCCUUGGAUAUGUUGCUCUGCCCAAAAUUGGAAAAGAGGUUCAGCUAAUCGAAUGGGGUGUGUGUACACCGAAUGAUUGUAUAAAAGAAGACGGGGGAAUUUUCUUCGACUUUUUUUUUCAAAAUGUUUCAGGCAUUAGCAUUGUUACCCCGAUCAAAAUAUACUUCCAAGUGAGAUGUGCUGAGGACCCGGGAUACACAGCAUCAGCAGUGGUUACAAUAAUUUUCUGUGGUCUAUUGGUUGUCUUAUGUCUGCUUGCAACCAUAGCGGAAAUAUCGAGUGGGUCAAAUGGAGCUUCUAAGUCGGAAAGAGUCGAAAACGACAAGCAUAUUUCAAUGGAAAACGGCUCUGAUGAAAAAACACCAUUAUUACCAAAUAUCACCACUAACAAAGUGAACAAAAACGACGGGACAAUUUAUGAAAUAAUGAAUUCCUUUUCAAUUAUUCGUAAUGUCAAUACAAUUCUUAACACGAAUGUUAGAAAACAUGAUCUGACAUAUUUACAUGGGAUACGAGUAUUAUCUCUAUUCUGGAUAGUUCUUUUACACGUUAAUGUCCAGGCUUUUGCUCGAGAGAAUCGCAAGGAUUUUGCACAUUUUGAGAGAAAAUUUGCAGCAAUGGUUUUAAGCACAGCAUAUGGAGUGGACACAUUCUUUGUAUUAAGUGGUCUACUUGUGGUGUAUACCAAUAUGAGUAAAAAGGUGAAAAAUAAUGGACAGACAAAUUGGUUCAAAUACUAUUUGCAUAGAUUUUGUAGACUAACGCCGACAUUAAUGUUUUGGAUACUAUUUGUCACAAAAUUAAAGCAACACUUUGGUGCUGGUCCUAAAUGGUUUCAAGCGAUCGAUAGCGCAGCUGCAUGUUCUGACAAUUGGUGGACAAAUCUGUUGUAUCUGAAUAAUUUCUUCCAUGAGCUUCCGGACGAGGUGUGUUUGGGUCAAACCUGGCAAUUGGCAGCCGAUAUGCAAUUUUUUAUCCUGUCCCCGUUUUUCUUCAUCAUCGCAUACAGGUUUGGAUUUCGCCGAUUACUUGGUGUUGUUUGUGUGGUUAUCCUGGCCAGUAUCAUCGUGACAGCUUCUUUAAUUGCACACUAUGGUUACUUUUCUUCACAGAGCGCGGCUUCUAUCAACGACCAAGUGAAAUUUAACACAUACCUCAAAAAUAUUUAUGUGAAGCCUUACUGCAGAAUCCCUCCAUAUGUGAUGGGAAUUGUUCUUGGCUACGUUCUUUUUAAACAUUUUUCAAAGCAGUUCAAAUUGCCAAUGAAACUUGUUGUAAUGAUGUGGCUGAGCGCGACGGCUUUGGCCCUCACUGUUGUGUACGCUCCAUACAGCUAUUUAAAAGAAGAUCCACGUAUAUGGACAAAAGGCGAAAACAUUCUUUUUGGAUCACUGAAGUGGUCCAUAUGGGGACUGUCCAUUAUCUGGCUUAUAUUUGCCUGUCACUAUAACUAUGCAGGUUUGGUUAAGAACAUCCUUGCAGCAAAAUUCUGGAUUCCUUUGAGCCACAUAAAUUACGCAGCAUAUAUCGUGCAUAUUGACGUCAUUACAACAUUAGUUUUCAACAUCGAGACACCCCUACAUUUCACAUCAUUUACACUGGUAACCUAUUUUCUUGCUUCGGUGGUGUUAACGUAUCUAAUAGCUUUUAUCGUCACCGUCGUGGUCGAACUACCUUGUGCAAAUCUGGAAGCAAUUGCCUGGAAAAAGUGGGAAAAGAAAUAAAACGUAGUAGCAUGAUUAUAUAAAUUUUUUUACUAACUAUAUUCAAGUUUAGACUUGUCAUAAUUAUAUGACCACAUAAAGAAUUUUUUUGAAUGCUCUUUUUCAACUCAUUCGAAGUGAGGCUGCAAGUGCUUGCAUCUGAUUGAAUAGAAAAGCAUUCAGUUGGUGAUUGUGAUUUGUGAAAUAAAAUGUUCUGAC